UGCUCGGGGUCGGUUAGCUGACCUGCAGGUACCCGGCUGUCAGUAUUGGAGAGCGGCGGCAGUCAAAUCAAAUACCGUUUUAUUCCAGGCUGUGAGCAACACACGACCGCCAAAAUGUUCGAGGAGGCGAGUGAAGUGUUUGACAACAUGUUUAAGUCGUCGUUUCCCCUCACCUUCAUCGUAUUUAUCCCCGCGGUGCUGAUCCUGGUGUCGCCGCUCCCGGCCGAGGCGGCACAUGAGUUCACGGUGUACCGCAUGCAGCAGUAUGACCUGCAGGGACAGCCGUACGGUACGAGGAAUGCCAUCCUGAACACCGAGGCUCGUACGGUGGAGGCAGAAGUACUAAGUCGUCGAUGUGUUAUCAUGCGUCUGGCAGACUUCUCCUAUGAUCAGUACCAGAAAGCCCUGCGACAGUCAGCAGGAGCAGUGGUCAUCACUCUGCCCAAGAACAUGUCUGCUGUGCCCCAGGACAUAGUGCAGCAGUUCAUGGAGCUGGAGCCAGAGAUGUUGGCCACUGAGACCAUUGUCCCUGUGUACUUUGCCAUGGAGGAUAAUGAGCUGCUGUCCAUCUACACCCAAACCCUAAUCUCGUCCUCCUCACAGGGCUCAUUAUCAGCAGCUGAAGUGUUGCUGCACACAGCCACAGCCAAUGGCUUCCAGAUGGUCACCAGUGGAGCUCAGAGCAAAGCUGUCAGUGACUGGGCCAUCACCAGUUUAGAGGGUCGUUUGGCUGGAGUUGGAGGAGAGGACCUUCCCACAAUUGUUGUGGUGGCUCACUAUGACUCCUUUGGUGUUGCUCCAUGGCUGUCAUAUGGAGCUGACUCGAACGCUAGUGGUGUGUCCAUGUUACUGGAGCUGGCUCGUCUCUUCUCAAAACUCUAUACUUACAAGAGGACACAUGCCGGGUACAACCUGCUGUUCUUUGUGUCCGGUGGAGGGAAGUUUAACUAUCAGGGCACCAAACGUUGGCUGGAGGAGAAUCUAGACCACACAGACUCUAGUCUGCUGCAGGACAACGUAGCUUUCGUGCUGUGUCUGGACACUCUAGGGAACGGAGACUCUCUGCACCUCCAUGUGUCCAAACCUCCUAAAGAGGGAACUCCUCAGUUUUCCCUGCUAAAGGAGCUAGAGACGGUGGUCAGCAGUCAGUAUCCGGAGGUGAAGUUUUCCAUGGUUCACAAGAAAAUAAACCUGGCCGACGACAUGCUGGCCUGGGAGCACGAACGCUUCGGGAUCCGCCGCCUGCCAGCGUUCACGCUGUCCCACCUGCCCUCGCACCGUCUGCCCCAGCGCUCCAGCAUUAUGGACGUGCGGUCAGUGUCCCCCUUCUCUCGCCAAGGAGCGGGAGAGCCCCCUGCUGGGCCUCACGUUGAUGUAAAGAAACUAAGCAGGAACACAAAGGUGGUGGCAGAGGUGUUGGCCAGGGUCAUAUACAACCUCACAGAGAAGCAGGGAGCACCUGCAGACUUGGAGAUCUUCACUGAACAAAUGCAGGUGCAGGAGGAGCAGUUAUCAGCGGUGGUGGAGUGGCUCACAGCGCAGCCGCGAGCUGCUCAGCUGCUGGACAAAGACAGCAGCGUGGUGUCCACUCUGGAGUACCACCUCACACGCUACCUCAAAGAUGUCAAGAAACACUACGUGAAAGCGGACAAAAGAGAUCCAGAGUUUGUUUUCUAUGACCAGCUCAAGCAAACUAUGAAUGCUUACAGAGUGAAACCUGCUAUUUUUGACCUGCUGCUGGCCGUCUGCAUCGCGGCCUACUUAGGAGUGAUGUAUCUAGCGAUCCAGAACUUUGGCAUCCUCUACAGUGUUGUGCGUAGAAUCACCCAACCCAAGGCCAAAGCCCACUAAGAUCAACACAACUCUCUUCUUCCCCUUACUCCUCCUCCUCUCCACUGACAUCGACAAACUCAAGCCAGUCAGAACACAGUAGCUGGGUCGAGCUGCAGUUCUCCCGGUUUUCAAACCAGCAGAAUCACUUCCACGUCCUCAAUCCUGCUCCACAAGCUAUGAUGUCAGAUCCUAUCCUGCUGCCAACUUUCGUCAAUUUGGUCCCGCAGACCAGAAUAAUCAGGAACUGUUCCUUUUGCACUGAGAAUAUUUCACGAUUCGACUCUCGCAAUUGAUUUGAAACGAUGUCGUCACGCCUCGGAGGUUCAGACGAGAUCAGAUGUUUGUGAUCAGCCGAUUGCUCUUCAUUCCUUUUCUUACUGUACUACACUAUCAAGUGAUAAUGUUUUCCUUGGGCAGCUAGAGGACAAAACUGAACACAUGGAGUUUAAUUAAUUUUGUUGAAAGAUGCGUUGGCCAAACUACACUCGCACUGAGAUUCACUGGUUUCUGCAGAGGCUUCCUGUUUCUUUUGACCUAUUGCUUCAGCUUCAGGAAGCUCUUCACAGCCGUUAUGAACUUGAGGAAGUGUCACAUAAGUUUGUGGACGUGUGAGCGCUGCCCUCUGCAGACUUAGAGGUGCAGUGUGUAGGAUUUAGCAACAUCUAAUGUCUCUUACCUCAUCUUCCCCUUCCAAGCAUGUAGGAGAAUCUACGGUUAGUCUUCAGUUAUCAGUAAAACUCAGUCGCGGCCUGCAUAGAUCCCCGCUUCACUCUGUGGAUAUUAAAACAAAAAUCCAAACAUUUAGGUGAUUGUUCAAGCAAAAAACAACAUGAUUAUUUUACACUCCAUGUCUCCCAAACGGAAAUAAUUUCACUUGAAAACCCGAGUAAAAAAAGACUAAAAAAUACAGUUUACGUCUUUAAGUCUGAAUAAAAUGUGAAGUAUGAGUUUAAUAAACGCGUGUAGUGAAUUAAUCAACGGAAUUGUAGAGAUGAAAGGAAGAUAAAUAAUUGCCAAAUAAUUUUUUGUGUGUAAAAAUGUCCUCCUCUGCUCACUUAACAUUAAUAUAGUUAAUAUAGAAUAGUGCAAACCCCAACAAUGAUCUUUACCUUCUCUCUUUUUUUGCUUCUCCUUUCUCCAGGUUUGAGAAAGAUGCUGUUGAAACACAGUGCAUCUUAUUUUCAAUGCAAACCCCCCACCCCACCCCAUGAUUUGAUUAAAACAAAAUGAUGCUGGUGAAUUUCUCUGCUGUAAAGAGCUCACGUUACAGGAGGUCACGCGCAGCAGUCAUGUUUUCUUGUCUAAUCAGAGCAUGUGAGUUAUUUAUUGUUCAGAAGAGUUCAGCGCCAACACAUCAGGACAAGAUAACUCUCCCCCUUUACUCCUUGAUUAUCAGUAGAAGUCGUGUGUGUGUGUGUUGAUUGUGAACUUUUGCCGACUGUGGCAAGAAUGUGACUUUAAAUUUUGAUGCUGUGUGAAGAUUUUUUGUUCAGGCCAGCACAGCGGUAUUUAUAAAUGAAAUGUCUUAUGAUGAGAAGAAAACACGGAAGGUUUUGGAUUAAAUUUGGGUAAAUAUUGUGAACACAAACAUAAUAUUUGGUCAUAUUUGUUGUUUCCUUGACCUCCUGUCAACUCUGGUUUUGUCUUGUGUGUUUGUUUGUUUUUUCCACCACGUGUUACUACAUGACCCUGUAACAUCCCGCCCUCCCCACUAACAGAGGACAUUUGUAUUAAUAUGAGGGAAAUACUGUGGUACAUAUGAAUUUUAUAAUUUAUUGAAACAGUUUUCAUGUGUACAGUGAGAUGAACUCGCCUCUGGUUUGACCUUGCGUUUCAUCUCUGACACAAAACUUGAUCUUUGCAAUGAAAAUGACAUCAGUUAUGAUUCAAAAUAAAGUAUAAAAAGUCCACA